CCCGCACCGGCGAUGGCGGCGCCGCGGCCUUGCGCCGACGGGGCCUGCUGCUCUCGGCCGGGUGCGGGGCCGGGUCAGCAGACGCUGGAAGAGAUGGACUUCGAGCGGGGAAUCUGGUCAGCAGCCCUGAAUGGUGACCUGGGCCGAGUGAAAUAUUUCAUCCAGAAGGCCACAGACCCGAGCCAGCCUGAUUCAGCUGGCUAUACUGCCUUGCACUAUGCCAGCCGGAAUGGACACUAUGCUGUCUGCCAAUUUCUGCUGGAAAAUGGAGCAAAGUGUGAUGCCCAGACCCACGGGGGUGCCACUGCUCUGCACCGAGCCAGCUAUUGUGGACACACAGAAAUUGCACGACUGCUGCUCUCACAUGGGUCCAACCCUCAGCUGGUAGAUGAUGCGGGCAUGACCAGUCUACACAAGGCUGCUGAGAAGGGUCAUGAGGACAUCUGCUCCCUCCUGUUGCAACACAGCCCAGCUCUGAAGGCCAUCCGGGAUCGGAAAGCACGUCUAGCAUGUGACCUGCUGCCCCACGACAGUGACUUAUGGAACUUGUUAGCCAGCUGAGGCGCCACCUCCUAUCUCUGGCUGCCCUUGAAGGGGACACAGUGUAGCUUUCCACAGCCCUGCCUUGCUGCAGGAUGGGAACUGGGCUAGAACACCUCAGAAGAGCCCCAUUCUGGCCAUUGUGGUGGCCAACGAGGAGGCUUGGUGGGGCUAAAAGCUUUUGAGUGUGGACAGAUGAUCAUAUUCUAGUUAGUUUAUAGUAGAAACAUCUAUUCAUUUAGGAAAAAAUAAAGUUUAUAUUCUGACUUCAUCUCACAAAGAAAAUGUUCAAGAUUUAGCGACCUAAAUUUUAUAAAAAUGCAAAACUGUAAGAAUUAGAAGAAAAGAUGGAAUGGUUAAUGAAAGCUGCUUUCUAGAUGCACAAGCAUGGUGCGUGUGCAGAUCUUUUCACCUGCUUCUCCCUCCUCAGCUCCCUCAUCUGUAAGAUGGGAAUUAUUACAGGAGGACCUGCCUCCAGGUGGUGCUGAGUGAACCUGUAGGCUGUACUCAGCCAUGCCGAGCAGUACAAGCCUGGUAUUAGCCACUUCAGGAAACUAAGGCAAGUAGAUUAAAAUUUCAAGAACUGCCUAGGCUGGGUGUGGUGUCGCACACCUUUUAUCCCAGCACUUUGGAGGCUGAGGUAGGAGGAUUGCCGUGAGUUCGAGGCCACCCUGAGACUACAUUGUGAACUCCAGGUCAGCCUGGGUCAGAGUGAGACCUUACCUCAGAAAAACAAAAAAACAAAAACAAACAAAAAAUAUAUUUGUCCCAAAUAAAACACCCUAAUGCACAA